AAAAUGUUCUACUAUGGCAUCACCCACAUCUUGAUAUUGUAUCUAACCUACAGUUUGUUUGGGUUUAUCUAUGGAACAAUAUUCUUAAUCACUGCUAUAAACUUAAUCGAUCAUCUCUUACUAAAGAAAGGAUAUCUGAGGCUAAACUACGGUGACCUCUGUAUGUCUCUUGAACUCCCUAAUGUGAACCAUAACGUGGGAGGAUACAUGGUCAUGGACAAAAUCUCCUUCGAAGAAUUCAGAGACCACAUCUUCGAACGAGGAGUCAAGCACGUCCUCAAACUCAGAUCCAAACUUGUGCACAAAUUCGGCUUCGCCCUCUGGGAGGACCAAGGCGAAGAAGCUGGCAGACAACAAAUCUUUAAGUGAGAACAGAAGGUGAGGAGUCCCAAAGAUUUGACUAAGCUAGCAGAGAAGAUUGUUAAUGGUGCUAUGGAUUUUGAAAAGCCACUUUGGGAAUUACAUUUGGUAGAGGAUUACUCAGAGACUGAGUCUGCAAUGAUGCUUAAAUUUCAUCAUGCGUGUGCAGAUGGUGGUGGUAUCGUCGGAUUUUUCUCUGCAAUGAACGAUAAAGACAAAAGAUUAGAAGUUAGCAAGAAAUUCCCAUCUCCACCACUACUGAUCAACGCCAUCUGUACAAUCAUCGGUCCCCUAUACAGUGUCUACUUGCUGACCAAAAAGUUGAAUCUAUCUACAGAUCCUAAAGCUGCCCAAAUCAGUGAUCUGACAAAGAAGGAUUCAAAUUACUGCAAUUUCUAUGAGGCUGAGAAAUCCUUUGAUUUCCCGCAAAUUAAGAAAUGCUUCAAGAGGUUUAAGGAGAAAACCUCUUUCAAUGACUACAUCAUGGGCGUUCUAGGAGUCAACCUUGAUAAAUGGUACAAGGAGCAUGGCAUCGAAGGAGCUGAAAGGAUCAAGACCAUCAACUCUAUUAAUAUGAGAGGCUUACCUGAGUCAAUGAAGGAUGUCAAUUUGUUCAACGAAAGUAUCGGAUCACAUUUUGAACUCCCUAUAAUUCCAGAUCUAGAUCAGGCUAUAAAGAUAGCUAGGAGAAACUUUAAGACAGAUCUAGACUUUUUCUCACUGUUCUGUAUAAAGAGGUUCUCUGAUAUAUUCCCUUACCUUCCUGAGGUGAUACUGCGCCUGUUUAUGGCUACAUUCUACCACGGAGCAGGCAUGAUCUUCUCUAAUGUGCCAUUCUCUUCAAAACCUUGGUAUAUUGCUAACAAGACUUGUAAUAAGAUAGGUGUUUUCGGGACGCCUCAUCAAAAUGUGAAGUUCUUUUUCGUUGUUUCUACUUAUAGAGAAAAGCUUUAUUUGAGUGCUAUUGCGAAUGAAGGAUUGAAGAUGAAUCCACAGAGAUUGCUGGAUCUUGUCCAAGAGUAUUUAGAGAAAGAGAUAAAGGAAUUUGUUAAAGACUAGAUCAACUCAAUUUA